GUACAUGCUUCAUUUGGUACGUGUAAUUAGGAGACCAUCGCGUGCGCAAGACGAUAUUAGAAUUUGGAAAACCUUGAAUUCAAAGGAAGCACCAAGAUAAACGAUGAUCAAAUCCCUCCAUCCUAUCAUGAUCUUCUUCUGGGGCUACAUUUUGUUCGUGCGCGUGCAAUGUCGGGGCACUCUCGGAAUUCUUAAUGAAUCAAAGUUAUCGGAACAUAAGGAACUCUGUUUCAGGAGAUGUGACAUUGUCUUUCAAGCGGAUGACAAGGGAAUAUCGAGUAAAAAGAUCUUCCGUCGUCGAUCUUGUUACGAAAGUUGUCUUCGUGAGGAAGGAGACAUGACCACGGCAAGUAAUGCACUGAGACAUUUCGCUGAAGAGCAGAUGUCCUUCUUGAAGCGAAUCAGACGCAAUUCCUUGGACAUGACUGGCAAAAGAUAUGGUAGAGAAAAUUGUAUUAAUGGCAGCGCUAACAGUAACACGACUGCUAUGGUUGUUGGCGGCCUAAGUAUACUGUUCCACGAAGAAGAGGACACUGGAAGGUAUCUAGGGACAGUAACGUGGAAACCUUUACAAAAUGUAAGUGAUUAUUGGACCGGAUACAAGAUAGUUACCCUCUACAGAAUGCCCAAACAGAGAAACAUAGAAUGCGAGGUGGUUGAUAAGGUGAGAUGA